AUGUGCCAGUGCACGUUUGUUAUUUGGCGCGUGAGCAACGCUUUGGGCUUAAGUGGAGCGGAGUGUGUUAAUGUUCAUUUUGUUGUUGAUGUUGAUGUUGAGGUUGAGGUUGGUCGGCGAGUCGGGUGGCCGAUUAGCGGCUAUAUCCCGCGAUUAGCGACUGGGCCCGGCCAGCUGGAGUGGCAGAAUGUGACAAAGAAAAUUGAAAUAUAAGGAAGCUGGCUCGCACAGUAUAUUCAAGAGCAAGAAUUUCAGUGGUUCAGUGGAUCAGAGGCAAUCGGCUGUGAUUGCCGCAGUGCUACAGUGAAGUGAUAAUCAAACUUGGCCAGAGUCAGCAGCAAAGCUAAGAAAGUGAAGAAAGGCGAACACGGGCGUGGAAAGUCACGGAAAGUAAGCAAAGCACAUGCAACAACUGGAUACGGAUAAGAUUGCCGAGCCUUGAACAGCCGCCGACCAGCAACACCACCCACACAAGUCAAAAUGCACCUGUACAUAGUGCUGAUCUCGUGCCUGGUGAGCUCAUCCCAUUGCUGGCAGUUCGACGGCGGAGGUCAGCGUUGGCCCAGGAACACGGCCAGGUCUCUAGCACGAGGCCCGCCCCCAUCGCCCGGAGGCAGGGGCUCGGCCGCCCUACUGGGCUCCCAGCAGCAGGACAUCCUCUACGCCUGUCCACUCAACUCAAUGUGCCAGUGCGCCGGACUACCCAACGAGACAAGCACGCUGAUUGAGAUUAAUUGCAACGAGGUGGCCCUGUACAAGUUUCCAGAAUUCAUGCACAGCAGCGUGCGGUACAUCGAAAUGUCGAAUACACACCUGCAGAGUGUCGACGAUGAAACUUUCCAGGGACUGCGUCUCAAGACAUUGAAGCUAAUCGACAACGAACUGCAGGAUAUAUCCGAGCGGAGUUUCAGCACGAUGACGCAUUCGCUAAUGACACUGGAUAUAUCUGGCAACAAGAUGCAGCAAUUGCCACUGGAAGCGCUGCAACGAUUGCACUCCCUCACGCGACUGGUGGCGCAACGAAACCAUAUCACCUCAUUGGAUGGCAACUGGGAUGCCCAGCAUGAUACGCUGAGGUCAUUGCAUCUGGCCGAUAAUGAUAUUACGGAAAUAGCGCCGGGGGGUGGAAGCAUGGAAGUGAACCACGCCAACGACAGUAGCUCCCAGCCCUCGAGCCUGGCCGCCAUUCAAACGCGACUGGAGACGAGCAACUCCCUUUACCCGCCUUCGCCAAGCUCCGGUGAUCGGUCCUCGCCAGGCCGUCCCUUUGAGCAGCUUCAGAAGCUGCUGUGGCUGGAUUUGUCCAAUAAUCGAAUACACCACGUGGCUGGAAACUAUUUGCCGCGAUCCCUGGUCACCAUGGACCUGUCUAGCAAUCUUCUGACGGUAUUCCCGCAGCAGCUCUUCGAACAACUUCCGGAGCUGCGGAUCAUGAGUCUGCGGGACAAUCUCCUGAAAAGUGUUCAGUGGAAGGAGCUGCAGGUGCGACCGUUGCGAAUGCACCUGGAGCGGUUGGAUCUGGGACAGAAUUGCAUCGAGAACCUGGAGUCGGACUACUUUCAGCAAAACUACUCCGAUGUCCAUCUGAGGGCUUUGAACUUGGAGCAGAACUUUGUGACCCAACUGCCGGAAGCUGUGUUCAAGGCCACAGGCAUUGCCCAUCUUGUCCUGGCCUUCAACGCCAUCAGUCGUGUUCAUCCUUCGGCCUUCGAAGGACUAACAGAGACUCUAGAGUACUUGGAUUUGGAAAGGAACAGACUAACCACAGUGCCAGCUGCCAUAUCCACUCUGCAUCGCCUGAAGUUUCUUUACCUGACCUCCAACCAGAUCAGCCAGCUUACCAAUCUGCCAUCGUAUACGGAUAAUCUUCGGGUACUCAGCCUGAGCGGCAACAACUUCAGCAUGAUCCCCAUAUUGGGACUCAAGAACUACACCCAACUGUCAUACUUGAACAUGGGCUACAAUUGCAUUACGGACAUUCCGGAGGGAAUUUUCGCCGUGGAUUCGUGGGGCAGCAAUCUGCAGACGAUAUUACUGCGCAACAACAAGAUAACCCACCUACACUUAGGAUCCUUCGCGGGACUAGAUCAGAUCCAGGAGAUCAGUUUAAGCUUUAACGAUAUAACUAUACAUCACCCACUUGUGUUCGAGAACGUGUCAAGGACCCUAAAGAUUCUGGAGCUUUCGUUCGCCGUUUUUCCGGCCCGUAGCCUGGAGAGCCUGGAUCCUCUGGACGCUCUACUACCACUCUCUCAACUUAUUUGGCUGGGUCUGGACAACAAUAACUUGAAGCACGUGUCCAACGAAUCCUUCGCCCAGAUGCGGGAACUGAGCUACAUAAAUCUAAGCUUUAAUCAACUGAAAGCUUUGCCAAAAGGGCUCUUCCAGCCGGAUAUUCAUAGCCAUCUGGUGGAGAUCGAAUUGUCCUAUAAUGCCCUGGAGCGUUUGGAGGCGGAAACAUUUCACAAUCUGGGUGACUUGCAGACCCUCAACCUGCAGUCAAAUCGCCUGAGGACCAUAUCACGCCACGCCUUUCAAAACCUGGAGUUCCUACGCUACAUAGAUCUGUCCUACAAUCGACUGGUGAACAUCUCCCAUGGCGCCUUUACAGUGCUGCCUAAUCUGGCAGCUCUGGACUUGAUGCACAAUCAGCUCUGCUCACUGUCACUCAAGUCCUUUCACUACGUGUCUAAUACGACGACUCCUUUGCGACUCAACUUGAGCCACAACCACAUAUCCAGCUUUGACGACGAGCUCAGCAGCUACAUGUACAUCUACCAACUGGACAUCAGCCACAAUCAUGUGGCCAAGUCGGAUAGCUUUACGAACCUGGCCAACACCCUACGGUUUCUCAAUCUGGCGCAUAAUUCGCUGGGAGCUUUGCAGAGUCAUGCCUUUGGAGACCUAGAGUUCCUGGAGAUCCUUAACCUGGCCCACAACAAUCUCACCUCCCUGAGGCGUCGCAGCUUCCAGGGCCUAAAUAGCUUGCAGGAACUAGAUCUGAGUCACAAUAUUUUGGAACAGUUGCAGGUGGAACAGUUCUCCAACCUGAAAAAACUCCGAAUUCUGCGCAUCAGUUCCAACCGGCUGAGGGCCCUGCCUCGCGAGGUUUUCAUGAACACACGGCUGGAGUUCCUGGACAUUUCCGACAAUCAGCUGAGCGUGUGGCCAGUGCCGGCAUUCACCGAUAUUGGCUUCACCCUGCGCUCCAUUCAGAUGUCCCACAACAAUCUGGAGUACUUGGAUGCCUCGAUGUUCAUCAACUCGCAGUUCCUGUACGACAUUAGUCUGGCCCGCAAUCGCAUCACCAUCCUGCCGGAUAAUACCUUCAGUUUCCUGAAUAAUCUGACCAAUUUGGACCUGUCCCAGAAUCCCCUGGUGACGACCAACCUGCGCGAGGUCUUCGUGCACACGCCGCGCCUUCGGAGACUGAGCCUCCAUCACAUGGGCCUGUACGUGCUGCCGCCACUGAAACUGCCACUACUCUCCUACCUGGAUGUAAGUGGCAACUACCUUCAGGAGCUGUCGCCGCUGGGCUCGCUGCGGCAUCUGCGUCACGUCAACAUCUCACACAACAAGCUCACCAAUGCCAGUUGUGCAGCGGAACACCUGCCGCCCUCUGUUCGAAUAUUGGACCUGGCCCACAAUCCACUGCGCAGGAUUACAUUGCACGACCUUGUCAGUCUGCGUCACUUGGCUGAGCUCAAUAUCCUGGACGUGAAGGUGGCCAAUCCGCAGGCAUUUUCAAAGCUGCGCUCCCUGCGGAAACUGCACGCCAGCUCGCAUCCCAAUCUCGGCGAGAUUGUGGCCAGGAUGCCGGGCCUGCAGCAACUCAGAGUGCACUGCCUGGAGCCAAACAUUGGCCCGCAAUUGUUUGCCAAACUGGCCAACAACACAAAGCUCCGGCUCCUGGAGCUGUAUGGCAGCAACGUGCAGACUAUUGCUCCGGACGUGUUUACCGGAGUAUCUCGCAACCAACGGCUGCAGGUUAAAAUAUCGCACACCCGAAUCUCUGAUCUGCCGCCGGGAAUCUUUUAUUCGUUGCGCGAGGUGCCACACUUGUCCAUUGAUAUUUCGCAUAACCGCAUUAACGCCCUGGCCGCCGACAGUUUCUAUCCGAACAAGAGCUACUGGGAUGCGGUUGGGACACGAAGCAUCAUGGGCGGACUCAUCACCUCUCAUAAUCCACUCGAGUGCGAAUGCGGGCUCGUCUGGUUUGGACACUGGCUGAGGCGGUGGCUUCGCGAGUCCGCCCAGAUCAAGGUCAUUCAGAAGGAGGACCUCAAGCGCAUGGUUCAGUUACCUCUAUCGAUUGCCGAUAUGCGCCGCGCCCGUGCCAACACCUGCCACGAUCCAACUUCGGGUCGCCACCUGCCCAUCCUUGAGAUCUUUCCGGAGGAUCUGCUGUGCCAGGCUAGUGCCCUGAGUAGCUCGGCCCAUCGUCUCUUCCUGUUAUCCUUUGCGAUGGCCCUCCUGCUGCCCUUGGUGACAACGAUGAUGACGCUCUGAUGUCGACUUUAGUUACCGGCGUUGUAAUUUGGUGUUUCAAAUCUCGAAUCAGAUCCAGAAGAGGUGUCAUUUUCUGGUGGCGAACUGCUGAAGACACUCAACACCCAGUUGACUGUAUGAUAUGUAAAUAAAUAAAUAUAUAUAUAACUGAAUCUUAAACUAAUCGGUAGCUACGAAUUUUUGGGACUUAGCUAAUGAAGAAUGAAGUGAGGCCACCCACAUACAAUAAAGUUAAAUAUAAUUGAACAAGCAAAUCGGUUUAUGUCCACUUGUAAUUCAUAAGUUUUAGAUAAAUGCAUAAAGGAUACAUUUAAGUAGUAUUACAAGUCAUGUGCUGGGCCAGGGAUUAUUUUCCAUCCAGAUAAUGUCUGCUACUUCUUUCCAAUACGUUUUUUUUGCUAAGCCCCUUACCCUAUUGAUUUCUUCCGCUCCAAGACUUCCAAGCUAUCAGCUGAUAAAAGAUACUAUAAGUUAGUUAUUAGGAUUUAUCCUUCGAAUCCUUUUUAAUCCCUUAAGUACCCCCCACUCGCCCAAUACAUGACGUUGUUUCUUGGCCAACAUUCGAGGUAAUUAAUGCAAUUGAUUACACAACCAGAACCCUACACACACCAGCGAACAUAUGAUGAUUCCUAAGACACUCACACAUAUAGGGUAUAGUUAAAGUACACUUUUGCAUCUCCAUAGAUCGACCUAGAAGAAUAAGUUGUUAAUAAUAGUUUAAAUGACUAUUUUUAAAGAGAGGAUGGCGAAUUAAGCGAAACGAAUUCUAGUUAUAAAUCUUUGCAGAAAAUUUACAAUUUAGUCAAGGCCAAUGAGUACAUUGAAUGAAAUGGAAUGAUAUAUAAUAAUGAUGAGCCGUGGCAUAUACAUAAUGAUAUAACUAAUUAUAUAAACAAUUAUUGGAUAGCAAUUAUCAAUUGGUUUUUUAACAAAAGUAGCGAACAUUGCACAACUAUCAGCGAAACUAGGAGAAGUUUGCAAAACUUGCGGCAGUCAAUUUUAAAAGGACACAGAAACACGCAAACAUAUAUAAGUACAUAUCAGUUUGGGUAAAAAGUAAAAAUUUAAAAAUAAUCAUAAAAUAAUGGGAAGCAUAAUCGUGUCACACACAAAUACAGACAACUUGAAGCAAUUUAACUGAGAGGAAUAAAUUACGAAAUAAAAACGUUCCCCGUUUUUUCGUUUCGGUUCGGUUACUCGCAUUUUCAUUCAGUUUUUUUUUAACGUACGUACACUAUUUUAUUUUUUAAAUAUAUUCGUUUCGUUACAACAAUGACAAUCGUGAUACUAAUUGUAGUUGUUUACACGACGAUGAUGCGAAAUGCACAAGUAAAAUAAUAAUAAUAAUAAUAAUGAUACUGAAUAAAUAAACUAUUCAAUGGGAAAAAGUGGACAAAUGAAUUAUGGCCACAUGAAAACACUGAAAAAGCUGCUGGUAAUGCAACGAUUAUUUUGGUUUGCUUCCCAACCCACAAUCCAUAAAAAAAACAAAAACCGAAAAAAAUGCAAAACCCAAAACGGAAUUUUUAACAAAUAAUAUUGUAUAUAAAGCAAAGGGAAAUGGUUUAUUAUGUUUAUUCAAACCACUUUUUAUUAUCGGUUAUUUUUUCAUUUGAUACGCAGCAGCUAAAAAAUAUAAAAGUAAAAAUAAAAAAAUCCAGAAAAACGGAAGAAUUAAAGUAGUGACAGAAAAACUGGAAAUGAAUAUCGAUACAAACUGAAAAUUGAAUAUGAAAUAAAUACAAAAUGCUAGAAACAUUUA